AUCCUUAACCUUCCUUCCCUUUCAAUAAACAAUGUGAAAUCGGAAAACAAAGAAACGCCAUCGCCUCUUUUCUAGUCAAUAUCUAGGGUUCCAAUUCUUACCCGCCAAAAUCUCUCUUUUUUCUAAUCCCCAACAGUGCUCUUUCUCUCUUUCUCUCUCUGUUUCUCCGCCUCUUCCAUUUUGUCUUUGUAUGACUCCGAUCUCCAUACUUUCACCUCCGAUUUGUUAGUAGCUGACAAUGGCGUCAGCUUCUGACAAUCCAUCGGAUCCACCACAAAAGGUCAGUUCAUGGAUGUUAGAAGAGCCAGAAGCAAACCCAAUGUUUAAGGCUACUCCAUCAGUUAUUGAUACCAUAGAGAAAAGGGUUGCUGCUAUCCGGUGUGAUUACAUAAAGAAAAGAGUGGAAGAGAACAGGUUAAAGUUAACCGAUGUGAGCAACUGUCUUUUUAAGUUAUCUAUGGAAAGGAGAAUCAGUAAGGUAUCUGAUUCUGAGAAGAGUAUAGAUCUACUCACGAAGAGGCAGAAGGAUGCUAUUGAUAUGCAGAAGGGUAUAGAUUUGACAAAUGGAGAUAAAGAUAGCAACAAUUCUCAAGAAGAUGGUCAAGCCUCAUCUGCUAUUCUGCUAGGGUCAAGUAUAGCAGUAAAAAAUGCUGUGCGACCCAUAAAGUUAACUGAAGUCAAGAGGUUACCUCCUUUUACUACAUGGAUAUUCUUGGACAGAAACCAAAGAAUGCAAGAAGAUCAAUCUGUAGUAGGCCGGAGAAGAAUUUACUAUGAUCAGAAUGGAGGAGAAGCUCUAAUUUGUAGUGACAGUGAAGAAGAGAUAAUCGAGGAAGAAGAAGAAAAGAAACAAUUUACAGAGUAUGAAGAGGGUAUCCUUAGGGUGGCUGUCAGAGAAGUUGGUUUAACAGAAACUUCACUCGAUGAACUAGCCAAGAUGUUAUCAAGGAAACCUUCUGAAGUUAAGGAGAGGUACACAAUUCUUAUUAAGGGAGAAAGUGCAGUGGAGGGCUCAGAGAAUCCAUUGCUUGAUAAGGAUCUGGAUGCAGCUUUGGAUUCUUUUGACAACUUAUUUUGUCGUCGAUGUCUUGUUUAUGAUUGUAGAUUACAUGGGUGUUCUCAGGAUCUUGUCUUCCCUGCUGAGAAGCAACUUCCAUGGAACUGUCCUGCAGAUGAAAAUAUACAAUGUGGUCUUCAGUGCUAUAAGUUGGCCUUGAAAGCGGAAAAUAAUAAUAAUGCCAAGGCAAUCUCUCCGGUUUGUACUGACGACCAAAAGAAGCUCACUCCUUCCCCUGAACCUGUGCCUCCGACUUCCAAGAGAAAGUCCAUAGUUCCAUUGCCACGAAGGAGGUCCAAAUCAAGUCAAAGUGAAACUGCUUCGUCAAAUUGUAGGAACAUGUCGGAGAGCAGUGAUUCUGAAAUUAAACAAGGACAAAAUUUAGGGUCUUCCCCAAAUUCAUCGUCCAAACCUGUCGGAAAAGGUGGGGUUCAGAAAAGGAAUAGCAAGCGAGUUGCUGAACGUGUUUCUUCGAUAAGCAGUCAAAAGAAACGGAAGAAAUCUGAAUCCGAGGCAAUUAUUAAUGUCAGUUGUGGUAUGAGGGAUAUGAAACUCAGAUCGAAAUCUUGCAAAGAAAACGGGGAGGCUAGUUCUUCAGUGCACAAGCAAAAACCUCCUAGUGGUGGUAGACGAGGCAGGAAGAAGAAGGAAUCUGUUAAUGCUGAAGAUAAGAAGGCCGUGCAGCCAAAUGAUGACGAACUUGGCGAUCAGCUCAUGAACGACAACGAAAAGUUAGCCAGAGAAGAGUUUGUGGGUGAAAACAUAUUCAGACAUGAAAAAGUUGAUAUUAGAUCAUGGAAGCCUUUUGAGAUAUCUCUAUUUGAAAAAGGCAUGGAAAUUUUUGGGAAGAACAGCUGUUUAAUUGCUAGGAAUCUUAUGAAUGGAUUGAAGACUUGUCGGGAGGUAUUUUUGUAUAUGAAUUGUUUCGUAAACAACUUAUCUUCGAGAUUAGGUGACGGGUCAUUACUUGAUGGCUGUUCAAGGGGUGAUGGCAUUGAAACAACGGGAAACGGAGUUAGAAGAAGGUCUAGAUUUCUACGUAGGAGAGGUAGGGUUCGCCGUUUGAAAUAUACUUGGAAGUCCACUGGUUAUCACUCUAUUAGAAAACGAAUUUCCGAAAGGAAAGAUCAGCCUUGCCGGCAGUUCAAUCCUUGUGGUUGUAAGUCUGCGUGUGGAAAGCAAUGUCCAUGCCUUCUCAAUGGUACAUGCUGCGAGAAAUAUUGCGGGUGCCCAAAGAUGUGCAAGAAUCGAUUUAGAGGUUGUCAUUGUGCUAAAAGCCAAUGCAGAAGCCGUCAGUGCCCAUGUUUUGCUGCAGACAGGGAGUGUGAUCCAGAUGUUUGCAGGAAUUGCUGGGUCAGUUGUGGUGAUGGCACACUGGGAGUUCCUUCCCAACGAGGCGACAACUAUGAAUGCAGGAAUAUGAAGCUACUUUUGAAGCAGCAACAAAGGGUUUUGCUCGGACCGUCUGAUAUAUCUGGAUGGGGUGCCUUUUUGAAGAAUAGUGUAGGUAAACACGAAUAUCUUGGUGAGUAUACCGGAGAACUAAUCUCACAUCGUGAAGCUGAUAAGCGUGGAAAAAUCUAUGAUCGCGAAAAUUCUUCAUUUCUGUUCAAUCUGAAUGACCAGUUUGUUCUUGAUGCAUACCGCAAAGGUGACAAAUUGAAAUUCGCCAAUCAUUCCCCAGAUCCUAAUUGCUAUGCAAAGGUUAUUAUGGUUGCUGGGGAUCAUAGGGUUGGAAUAUUUGCCAAGGAAAGGAUUAGUGCUGGGGAGGAACUGUUUUACGAUUAUCGAUAUGAAGUGGAUAGGGCACCUGCAUGGGCCAGAAAGCCCGAUGCACCCGGGGCCAAGAAAGAGGAUGGGGCUCCGUCUAGUGGUCGGGCAAAGAAGCUUGCGUAAAAGAUGAAACUAUAAAAUUCUUUUGUUUUUCAUUCUUUUCUGUUGGAUAAUAUAAAUCUUCUAUUUCAUCACCUGCCUUUUGGAUUUUUACUAUGGCAGAUUUGUUGCUGGGGAUUGAUUUGUCAUCUCCAUUGUUACUCAUCAAAAAAAAAGAUUUAUUACAUUCACUUCACAGGGAUUUUAAUGAACUAUUUUAUGAAGCUGAACUUUUUGUUU